AUGGUCACAAGUCCAGGCACAUCAUUUGCUAUAUUAGUAACAUCUGGAUUUAAGGAAACAAGAGUUGGUGUUAUUUUGACCAGUGCUGCCGUAUUAGAUGACAUUGUUGGCCUAGUUAUGAUAAAAAUUAUUGGAAAUUUGGGUAGUGGUACUUUCACUGCUAUUAGCGUUAUAAGACCAGUUUUUGUUUCGAUAGCAUUGAUUGUCAUACUCAUGGUAGUCUACAAGUUUGCUGUCUUUCCAUUCGCUGUAUGGUUUAGGAAGAAGAAAGAAACAUUUCCAGCUCAGCUACGAGACUUCUUAACAUCAUCUACGUAUUACUUUGUAUUACAUAUUUUGGUCCUAGUUGGACUUGUCACGGCGAAAACUUAUGCUGGUGCUUCUAAUUUAACUGCUGCAUAUGUUUUGGUGCAGCAAAUGGAUGGCUAG